AUGGCGCACCUCGACAACUCGCAGACGGCGAACAACUCGUCCAACAAGCUACAGACGCUACAGUCCCUUCCCAAGUCGAAUGUCUUCACGUCAAACCUCCCCGCCGACGACGCGUUUCCCAGGCCGAAAGACUCGCACGAUGCGCCACGGCAGAUGCUUGGACCGCGCAUGGUCAAGGGAGCGCUGUACACAUAUGUUCGACCCGAUUCACAAGGUGAGCCCGAAUUACUAGCUGUCAGCCAGCGGGCGCUACAAGACAUUGGCCUAAAGCCAGAGGAGGCCGAGACUGAAGAGUUCAAGGAAGUCGUUGCCGGCAAGAAGAUCCUGACAUGGAACGAAUUCAAUCCAGAGGCAGGCAUAUAUCCCUGGGCGCAAUGCUACGGAGGCUACCAGUUCGGGCAAUGGGCAGGCCAACUCGGUGAUGGUCGUGCCAUCUCCCUAUUCGAGUCUACAAACCCAGCAACAGGCACACGCUACGAGAUCCAACUGAAGGGUGCUGGACGAACACCAUACUCGCGUUUCGCCGAUGGUCGAGCAGUUCUUCGCUCUUCCAUCCGUGAAUUUGUUGUCUCAGAAUACCUCAAUGCCAUCAACAUCCCAAGUACGCGAGCGCUGGCGCUCACCUUGAACAACGGGAGCAAAGUAAUGCGCGAACGAACCGAGCCAGGUGCCAUCGUCACCCGUUUCGCACAAAGCUGGAUCCGCUUCGGCACAUUUGACCUCCAGCGCAUUCGCGGCGACCGAAAAACCCUCCGCAUACUCGCAGACUACACAGCGGAGCACGUCUACGGCGGCUGGGAUAAACUCCCGUCCAAGCUUCCCGCCGGCGACGCAAAGGACGUCCACAACCAGACAUCCUCAGGUAUAUCAAGAGACACCGUCGAGGGCGAAGGCGCCGGAGAGGAGAACCGCUACGUCCGUCUCUACCGCGCAAUCAUCCGCCGCAACGCCGAGACAGUCGCAAAAUGGCAAGCCUACGGCUUCAUGAACGGUGUGCUAAACACAGAUAAUACUUCCAUCCUCGGGCUAAGCAUCGAUUUCGGCCCCUUUGCCUUUUUGGAUACCUUCGAUCCGACGUACACACCCAACCACGACGAUCACAUGCUGAGGUAUAGUUACCGCAAUCAACCCACAAUCAUCUGGUGGAACCUUGUCCGUCUUGGCGAGGCAUUGGGCGAGCUCAUGGGCGCGGGUAGCAAAGUAGACGAGGCGCAGUUUGUGGAGAAGGGUGUUACGGAAGAAGAAGCAGAUGGCAUCGUCAAGUGUGCGGAGAGUGCUAUCGAUCGCGCAGGCGAAGAGUACAAGGCCGUUUUCCUGGCAGAGUACAGACGGCUCAUGACGCUCCGUCUUGGACUCAAGACACAAAAGGACAGCGACUUUGAGGAACUGAUGUCUGAGCUGCUGGACUCGCUCGAGAUGUUUGAGUUGGACUUUCAUCAUGCCUUCCGGAGGUUGGGUGCUGUUGGGUUGUCAGACGUUGAGACUGAAGAUCAGAGGAAAGAUGUUGCGGGACGGUUCUUCAAGAAAGACAGUGCACCGAGGCAGGAAAGCGAUGGACGUGAGCGUCUCGGCAAGUGGCUGGAGAAGUGGGCUGCGAGGGUCAAGGAAGAUUGGGGUGAGGGUAAGGAUGAUGAGAGGAAGGCAGCUAUGGAUGCGGUCAAUCCCAACUUCAUCCCCCGUUCCUGGAUCCUAGACGAACUUAUCGAGCGUGUAGAGAAACAGGGUGAACGCGAAAUCCUACCUCAAAUCAUGAAGCUCGCCUUGAACCCGUUCCAAGAAACCUGGGAGUGGAAUGCAGAUGAGGAAGAGAGGUUCUGUGGCGACGUGCCGAAGCACAAGGGUAUGAUGCAGUGUAGCUGUAGUUCUUAA